CUGAAGACAAAUUUUCACGAAUGACUUUGAUUAAAUGUUAAUGAUUUUAUUUGUCCAUGUGAAGACACUGCCCAUUGUGAAUGACUUCAAAUUUUAAAAGAUUAGAAAACAGCUAUGCAUCUGCCUGCAGCACUAUUUAAUACUGAACAUAAAGUAGAUUAUAUUAAGUUGCAAUGCUAUUGUCUAAAUGCCAUGUCACACGAAUCAGAAACUUCGUUUUGUAUUUUUGAAAACAAACUAAACUAUUGCAUAGCCAAUAAACGUGAAAGCACGUAAAACUAGAUUCCGUAUCUCCCUCUGCCACGCCCCCCAAUAAAACACCACCAUGCCCAGGUGGCGCUGUAGCAAUAUUCGACCCUUCUGUUUUUCACUUCCGUCGCACGCCUGUGAGCAAAAAUGCGGCUGUUUUUGUCAAACGUUCUCAGCACUAAAUGAGUUAGCAGGGCUAUCUCGCCGACAUUUUGGGCUAUAUUCCGCAAUUGCAUUAAAAAAAUCUGAUAAGCGAGCGUUAUCAUGGAGACCCCCACCCCCCCCGAAGAUCAAGAGCUACGCAACGUGAUCGACAAGCUGGCCCAGUUUGUAGCCCGGAAUGGUCCUGAGUUUGAGAAGAUGACUAUGGACAAGCAGAAGGACAACCCCAAGUUCUCCUUCCUGUUUGGCGGCGACUACUUUAGCUACUACAAGUGCAAGCUGUCUCUGGCGCAGCAACAGCAUCCUUCUACCCGCGAUGGGGAGGAAUAUAAAUCUGAAGAGCUCUACAACCCGGGCGCCUUGGACGUGCUGGACAUCCCGCCGCCGCCGCCAGUGGCUAUGAUGGCGCCGCCGCCGUCCUCCACCUCCUCUUCCACCCCCGCCGCCACGCCUGCCAUGGAUGACCUCAUCCAGCAGAGUUUGUGGAACCUGCAGCAUCAGGAGCAACACCUGCACACGCUCAGACAGGAACAAAUGAGCGCGGCCAUCACGACUGCAGCUGAGCAGCAGAUCCAGAAGUUGAUGGCGGAAACUCAGCUGGACGUGGCCGAGAUGGACAGCCUGCUGCAGCCCAUCAUUGACACGUGCACCAAAGACGCCAUUUCAGCGGGGAAGAACUGGAUGUUCAACAACGCCAAGACGCCGCAGCACUGCGAGCUGAUGACGUCGCACCUUCGCAACCGCAUCACCGCCGAGGGAGCGCAUUUUGAGCUCCGCCUACACCUCAUCUACCUGACCAAUGACGUGCUGCAUCACUGUCAGCGCAAGCAGCAGAAGGAUUUGUUGGCAGCUCUGCAGAAGGUUGUGGUUCCAAUCUACUGCACCAGUUUCUUGGCUGUGGAAGAGGAGAAGCAGCAGAAGAUCACACGGUUGUUGCAGCUUUGGGAGAAAAACAGCUAUUUUGAUGAGGACACCAUUCAGCAACUGCAGAAUCCUGCUCUCGGUCUCGGCCAGUACCAGGCCUCGCUGAUCACCGAGUACGCCGGCGUGGUGCAACCCAUCCAGUUAGCCUUCCAGCAGCAGGUCCAAGUUCUCAAGAACCAGCACGAAGAGUUUGUGGCUAGCCUCAAGCAACCGCCGGCCACCGACACGGACAAGCCCGCCACCGCGCCCGCAGCCGAGGUGAAGCCCCCCAUGGCGGGUCCUCCGCCAGGGGACUUUGAGGAAGCUCCGGCGAGACCCCAGGACACCAGCAAUCCCGCUGCAUCCUCAGACCUUCCCCCAAAACCUGCCUGCAACCCCCCACCGUCACUGCAUUUGUCCCCCCUUCAGCCUCCUUUCGACCCGAACCAGCCGCCACCUCCGUGUCCGCCCUGGAACAGCCACGAGGGGAUAUGGAACGAGCAGAGGGAGACGGCCAAUUGGAGCGGGGCUCCGCCCAGGGAAGGGGCACCCUGGAGCGGCCCCGAUACGGGUCCCCCUUCUUGGAAUUCGUACGACCAGCAGCCUCCAUGGGGGAACCAGCCCGAGCAGCUGCCCUGGGGCCAGAGGGAGCCGCCCUUUCCGCCCCGCAUGCAGAGGCCGCCCCACUUCAGAGGCCCCUUCCCCCCCCACCAGCAGCCACCGCCCUUCAACCAGCCCCCCCCGCCGCCGCACUCUUUCGGGCGCUUCCCCUCGCGCUUCAUGCCAGACGACUUCCCGCCGCGACACCACUACGAGCGCUCGCCCUACACGCCCCACCGUUUCGACUACUCCCAGGGGGACUUCCCCAGGGACAUGCCAGGACCGCCGCCCCCUCCCCACCAUUCCAACCAGAGACUCCCUCCCUCCGGCAUGGGGGGUGACCAUCCUCCGUGGGGGGGGGCCCAGCACCCGGACUACGGGCCGCCUCCCCCCCCCCACGGCUUCAACGGGCACUCACCGCACGUGCGACACCGGCAGCCCCCGGUUCCCGUCCAGGAUGACCCCAGCUUGGUGCCCAACGUCCCCUACUUCGACCUUCCCGCCGGACUCAUGGCGCCGCUAGUCAAACUGGAGGACUGUGACUAUAAAGCUCUCGACCCAAAAGACAUCCGCCUGCCGCCACCCAUGCCCCCCAGCGAUCGGUUGCUGGCCGCCGUAGAAGCCUUCUAUAGCCCCCCCUCCCACGACCGGCCCCGCAACAGUGAGGGAUGGGAACAGAACGGCCUCUACGAGUUCUUCCGCGCCAAGAUGAGAGCGCGCAGGAAAAAAGGUCAAGAGAAGCGCAACAGCGUUCGUAUGAGCAGUCGUUCCAGAAGUCGCUCGGGCAGCCAGGGCAGAUCUUCCUCACGGUCCAGUUCUCGCUCCUCCAAGUCGAGGUCCAAGUCCAGAUCUAGGUCCAGAUCCAGGUCCAGGUCUCGCUCCUCUCGAUCCCGAAGCCGCUCGCGAUCCUACUCGCGCUCCAGGUCCAGAAGCGGAUCCGGGUCAUCUCGGAGUCGCUCUCACUCUAGGUCGCGUUCGCGCUCGCCCACCAGGAGACGCAGACGACAUAAAUCACGCAGCGCCUCACCACCCUCCACGUCAUCCGGCAGCGGCGCCCCCUCCAAAGGUCCAUUGGACUCUCGCCUGGGUGAAGAGAACAAAGGACAUCAGCUCCUCAUGAAGAUGGGCUGGAGCGGCUCCGGUGGUCUGGGCGCCAAGGAGCAGGGCAUCCAGGACCCUAUCAAAGGAGGAGACAUUCGCGACAAGUGGGACCAGUACAAGGGCGUCGGCGUCUCCCUGGACGACCCCUACGAGAACUAUCGCAGAAACAAGAGCUUCAAUUUUGUAGCACGCAUGAAGGCACGCGAGGAAGUGAUGCGAGAUCCUCAGGAGGCUCCUCCCGCAGAAUGAUGUCAUCGCAGAACGCCACACCACCGUCACUGUUUUUUUAUUGUCACUGCUUUUAUUUCUUUUCCGCCUGAUGAUUAUUUUUUUCGUAACUUCAGUGACAUCCACUUUUACUUGUAAUACUUGUGAAGUGAUAGCAAAAUAAAGUACGCUUGCACUCGUAAA